UGCGAAUUAUACGUCAUUCUCAAAAUCUCGGAAACAAAAAUUGUUUUCAGCAGUAUCUACUGUAAUUUUUAUUUAAUUUCCUCUCUCAGAACUAUGUGUUAUCAAAAAUAGGGUUGUUUUAUUACAACUGUAUACUUCGCCGAGGCAAAGUUAACUAAAAUUCGUUAGAAUGGAGGCAAAUGGUUCUGUUUUAUGCGACAAUUUGAUCAAGUGGUUGCAGACAUUAAAUCUUAACGCUAAACAUGGAAAUCCAUCAGAACUAUCUGAUGGUGUGGCGAUAGCAGAGGCAAUCACUCAGAUUGCCCCUGAAUAUUUCACAUCAACAUGGAAUUCCAAAAUAAAGACAGAUGUAGGGCAUAAUUGGAGACUGAAAGUUAGUAACCUGAAGAAAAUAUUGGAAGGUGUAGUAGAUUAUCAUCAGGACAUUUUAAAUUUAAGUCUACAUGAAUUUCCUAGACCUGAUGUAGUAAAUAUAGCAGAAACAGCAGAUCAGACAGAUCUGGGUAGACUCCUACAACUUGUUUUAAGUUGUGCUGUAAAUUGCAACAAAAAGGAAGAGUAUAUCACUCGCAUUAUGGAAAUGGAGUUGUCGUGUCAGCGCUCCAUCAUGCAAGCAAUACAAGAAUUGGAAACAUUGACUUUGGGAGUGAACCGAGGGAGCCUAGCCUUGGACGGCGUCGACCAGUCGGAUGAUAUGAAAGAAGCACUUGCGCAGAAAUGCCAUGAACUUGAUACCAAGGUGAAGGUGCUACAAGAAGAGAAGAUGACUCUUCUAAGUGAGGUGGCUAGGCUGACUGCAGCGGCGGCCAGCGAGGUGGUCGAUGAACGGGAGUUGGACGACGCUGGCGGCUCACUUGGGCCCGCGCACGCAGGUACACUACGCUAUAGCAACAUGCGAGGGCAACUUGACGCGCUCAAAGAAGAGUUGGACAAAGUGGAACUGCAGAGGGACGACCAGCGAGCGAGGGCGGACGCUCUGGAGAGGGAGUUAGCGCUGAUCAAGUUGAGAAAUGAAGAGCUGCAGAUCGCAGCAUCAGAAAACGUGGUACUAAAAGACGAGGUAGACGCCCUACGGGAGACGGCAGCCAAGGCGGCCGCGCUGGAGGCCACAGUCGCUUCAUACAAGAAGCGGAUGGAGGAGCACGUCGACCUCAGGAGACAGGUGAAGCUACUGGAGCGCGCCAACACGGAGCACGUGCAGCGCGCGAUCGAGCACGAGCAGGCGCACGCGCGCACCUCCGCGCUGCGCGCGCAGCUCGACGUCUACAAGAAGCAGGUGACAGAUUUAAAUGAGAAAUUAGACGCAGAAAUAACGAAGGCGGACAAAUUGGAAAUAGAAAAUAAAAAAUUGAGCAGUCACAUCGCGUCUGCGCAGCGAGAAAAGGACACGUUGCUGCAAGAAAGAGAUACAUUACGAGAGACGAUUGAUGAACUACGUUGCUCCACGAUUACCGCUGGAGCCAACGAAGGCAACGUGUCUCGUGAGUUGAUACCCGCCGACAUAAAAGAGCAGCUGGUUCGUUUGGAACACGAGAACAAGCUGCUGCGGCAGAACCAGGGCGCGCAGGCAGACCAGGCUUCUGUGCAAGCAUUAUUGGAAGAUUACGUGUCUCGGUUGGAGAAGCAGCGGGCCAUCAACCGCGAGGCCAACAAGCGCAUCAUGCAGCUGGAGGCCUCACUCGAAGCGCCGCAUCCGCGCCUCGCCUCUGCUAUAGAGGACAGCCAAAGAAAAUCGCUCCAAGUGGAGGAGCUGCAAGCGGCGCUGGCGGAGCAGCGGCGGCGCGCCGGCCAGCUGCAGGAGGCGCUGGCGGCGCGCGAGGCCGACGUGCUGGCCAUGGAGGACCGCUACAAGAAGUGCGUGGACAAGGCCAAGGAGGUCAUCAAGAGUCUCGACCCCAGGACCACUGGGCAGCAGUCGCUGUCGGACCUCACGCUGGGGUACUCGCGCGGCGCGCGCUCCGACCCCGCGCCCGCCAACAACAGGCACGAAUGGAGCGGAAGCGGGAGCGGGAGCGGGAGCGGCGGCUCGGAAGGGCGGGUGACGCACAACGAGCAGAAGCUGCUGGCGUCGGCGUGGUACCAGCUGGGCGCGCGCUGCCAGCGCGACGCCGUGGAGACGCGGCUGGGGCUGCUGUCGGCCGGACACUCGUUCCUGGCGCGCCAGCGACGCCAGCCCGCGCGCAGCCGGCCCACACCCACGCCCGCCUCUACCCCCGCCUCCACACCCGCACAAUGACCCAACGCGGUGUAUUUCCUCAAACACAGAGGCGAGACUACUAUACUUCCUUAACUGAAAUAUGGUGUGCGUCCGAGUGACAUCUCCGGUGUUGCAGUCGUUUGUAGGCUGCGGUGGCCGCUUUCCGUCACAUGUCUGCCCACUUAGUUGUUUAAUAAAAUAACUAGCUAAAACAGGUUUAAUAAUAAUAUGUAUAUAUAUACUCUUCGUAUAGUGUAAAGUUGACUCAGGGCUCUAUCAUUGCUAACUACAGUAUAAUGUAUUAUGGUAAAGUUAGGUCUAAACUCACCUAACUGUCCUACCCAUGUAACAACAUCCUAAUGAAACGAAAAUAGUUAAUUUAUACAUAGAUACCUAUGAUAGAGAAGACAUUUUUCCGAAUUAUAGUGAUUUGCGCAGGCUUUCAAAUUGUUAAUUUUAAGACAUUUUUACAUAAAAACUCAUUGUUAAUCCGCUAAAGUAGAGGCUUAAUUGUAGUAACUUGUGCUGGUUUUCAAGUUAUUACAUACUAAGCUGCUAUGUCUAAAAUUUACUAGAAAACCAUUUCAGUUGGUAAAACUUUUCACUACGAACAAAUUAGCGGCCAUUUUGAUUUGAUAGCUUCUAAAUAAGAAUAUUUUUCUAAAGCUUUAUAUCGCGUUCAGUAUUUAUAGUCCCACCAAUAUACACACGUAGCACUCCUCGUCAAUUUAUAUAUAUUGAAGUCUAUCAAUAUAUACAAUGUUAUUAAUUCUGUAAUGUUAAUAUAUAACAUGAUAUAAAUCAUCAAGUACUGGAGUAUCUUGGCAUUUGUGAGGAAUUAGUAUAAUCCUGGAUCCUGUGUUCCCAAUAAUUCGUUUGGCUUAUUUGCUAUUUGCCAACGAGGAAGACAGUUUUAUUACAUGGGUUAUUUAAUGGUGAUUUCAUUGCGCCUGCGCACGUUAAAAUUUAAUUAUUAUAUACCUACCCUAGGGUACAAGAGGGACGGCACUAUUGACAAAGUUUAUAUUGCGUUGUUAUUAUAGCCUCUAGCCUCAAUAUAGAAGAUAUAUUGCCUAGGAGUAAUACAAUAAAGGCCCUCGUUGAAGUGGAAUAUGAAGGCAUUUAUUAAGGGGAUUAUAAAUAUCAUCUAUGGUGCCGUGCGGCGCGUUUUGUAUAUUUUUAUUAUCAUAUCUCAUCACGAUUAAGUCAUUUAAUAUCAGCACAUAUUUUUAAGUAGCAACGUAUAUUUGACUACUAUUAAAAUUCAUCACAUUUUGUUUAAUAACCAGAAUAUUGUUUUGUGUGUAAUAUAAGUGAAAUCAUUUAUUUAUUUAAGUUAGGCUAAAUGCUCAACCACGUUCAAAAUUAGUUAAAUUAAGUUAUUAAAUACCACAGAAUUUUAUUUAAAAGAACGAAAGCUCACGAACAAAUUGACCAGAUUUGCUUUUAUGCAUUAUUUAUUAAUGAAUGUUAAAAAAUAAUUCAUGGACUUUUUAUUGCGUUGAAAUGUGGCGUCGCUACACGCCUUGUUUUGUAUUAUAGUUUUAUUUUAUCAUCACACUGUAAAGACUAGACGUAAAUACGGUUAUUCUAAGCUAGGGUGAAAUCUAAAGAAUCAAGAUAUACAUCAAUCUCGUCGAUAGAUCAUAAGGUGCUCCCACACAGCGUGUUACAAAAUGUUAUGUAUAACACUUGCUGUCUUUGACACUCUUUUUCAAGAAUGUGUUUAAGAAAAGAGACAAAUGUUGAAUAACAUUUCGUAACACGCUGUGAAGGAGCACCGAUAACCAUAGUUCGUAUAAUCCAUAUUUUUUUUCAAAUUUAUGACUAACCUUUUUUAGGUUUUGAAGGUGAAUAUUUAAUUGGUGUCUUCCUAUUCAUUUUUAUGUGUUUAAAAACUAACUCGAUUACCUAACAAGUUGAUUACACAAUUAGACAUUUACCAUGUUAUAAAUUGCUGCUCUGUAAAUGCUUCAAAUUAGAUUUAACCCUAGAACUAGUACGCUGGAACAAGCACGUUUAGGGAGCAUUAUUUAUAAAAUAAUCUAUUUCUAGGUCCGGCGGAAAAAAUGUAUUUUACUCGAAGACUUUUGUCCUUGUCGCUUGUAUGAAACAUGAUGGUGUCAAACGAAACUAAAUGUUCCCUUUCCGUCUGCGCUAGAAAUUGAACAUAGUAAUUAUUGUAUGUAGAAGAAAGGUAUAAUAUAAUACCUUGCUCGUUUCCUUCAUCCGGUGCAGUGAAAAUUAUAAUUAAGUAAUUUAUACACCCAUACGUUAAGUAAAAUGUGAUUCAUUGUUGAUAAUGACAAUAUUGAGUUUUGAAAUAAUAUAUAAUUUUUCCUAA